UCAACAACUUUCUUCUGCUUUCACUCCCCUGCCCCCACCCCCACCAGCUGACCCAGCAGAGCCAGGCUCCAGUGGGAAAAAGCCAAAUGAGCCAGCACUGUUGGAAUUUGGACAGGUUCACCCAUUAUUUAUGCCUUCAAAUCAGCUGGAGAAAUCCUGGGUUAUGGGAAGAUGGAGGGUUUGUAAACUAGAAAAGAAAGGGCUGCAAAGGGCAGGCCAGCUCCCAGGGGCUUGGCAGAGUCACAACCCCAUAGCGCUUACAAGUAGAGGUCAAUGGCUCCCUUCUCCCUGGGAGUGAGUGACAGAGACGCAGGCCUAUGGGCCAAUAGAGAAUAAGGUUAGAGGCAACUUCUUUAAUGAACUCCCCAAUGGGAAGCAGUUUUUCUUUCCUGUCCCUCAGGGCACUAGACCAACCAAUCACUGGGAAACAAGUGUUGGAGCCAGAGACUUCUGUGGGUUCACCAAAGCGGCUUUGCAGAGACUACAGAUCCAUGGAGACAGUCCGGAUUGCAGUUGUGGGGGCAGGUGUGAUGGGGCUGUCCACUGCUGUAUGCAUUUCCAGAAUGGUCCCAGGAUGCUCCGUUACGGUCAUUUCAGACAAGUUUACUCCCGAGACUACGAGUGAUGUGGCGGCUGGAAUGCUUAUUCCUCAUGCUUAUCCAGACACACCCAUUCCCAAGCAGAAGCAGUGGUUUAGAGAGACCUUUGAUUACCUGUUUGGUAUCGCCACUUCCGCAGAAGCCAGAGAUGCUGGUGUUUGUCUGGUGUCUGGUUGGCAGAUAUUUAGAACUGCUCCUACCGAGGAAGUGCCAUUCUGGGCUGAUGUGGUUCUGGGAUUUCGAAAAAUGACAGAGGCAGAGCUGAAGAGAUUCCCCCAACAUGUAUUUGGCCAGUCUUUCACCACCCUGAAGUGUGAAGGUGCUGUCUACCUCCCGUGGUUGGAGAAAAGGUUAACAGGAGAUGGGGCACUGAUGCUAACACGACGAAUAGAAGACCUGUGGGAGCUUCACCCAUCCUUUGACAUCGUGGUCAACUGUUCAGGACUUGGAAGCAGAAAGCUUGCAGGAGACUUGACGAUUUUCCCUGUAAGGGGCCAAGUGCUCAAAGUCCACGCUCCCUGGGUGAAGCAUUUUAUCCGAGAUGGGAGUGGGCUGAUGUAUAUUUACCCCGGUGCAUCCAGCGUAACCCUGGGAGGAACUAGGCAAAAAGGAGACUGGAAUCUGUCACCAGAUGCAGAAGUUAGCAGAGAUAUUCUUUCCCGGUGCUGUGCUCUCGAGCCCUCCCUCCAUGGAGCCUGCAACAUAAGGGAGAAGGUGGGAUUGAGACCCUGUAGGCCAGGCGUGCGGCUGCAGAAAGAGCUGCUCGUCCGGGAUGGCCAGAGGCUGCUUGUGGUCCAUCAUUAUGGUCAUGGCAGCGGGGGUAUCUCUGUGCACUGGGGUUCAGCUCUGGAGGCUGCCAGGUUGGUAAAGGAGUGUGUCCAUACCCUCAGGACCACUGUUCCCAAGUCACAGCUAUAAGUGACAUAAAAUGAUGGCAAACAGCACUGGAGACUGUUGACUGAAACAAGCUAGGCACCAGAAAAGAUUCAAAUAACUUUUCAUGCUUGAAAGUUUCAUUAAAAAUGUCCUUGUCUUCAAUUUUAGAAGAGAUGCAUUAUGCCUUAGUAGAUUUACUGCUAUGCUAAUCUAAUCUAGUACUAACCCAGCAGUAGAUUUAAGUCUAGCAGUAAUGUGAUGGGGCAUAAACUGUUUUUAUUUAAAAUAUUUCUUAUAAAGCAAGUUUUCUUUUAGGUUUGUUACCCAAAGAUAUGUGUUGAUUUAUACAGAGGGUGAAAGCUAUAGGGGUCUUGAUACUUUUUGGCUUGUAAAUCCAUGGGAAGAGACAAUGUAUGGAAAACGCUUAACUCACUGUCAGCUGCAGAGCUGUCCGUGAUGCUUAUAGGUUAUAGUAAAGUGAGCAUUACAGUCUCUCUAAAUAAAAUUAUACGGUGAUCAUGCAAUACAGACUUAUCACAUUUAAUGGACGACAAAGCAUGAUUUCUGCUAGUACUAGUGACAACUGCUUCCUCCCCUCGACUGGUCACGAUGGUAGAGGCCAGGGAUGACAUUGCCUACCAAGGUAGCAUAAACUCAAUUAGUUGUCUGAGAUCAAUCACCUGGAUCGUGCUUUCCAUUACCACAAAUGAUUGAAAGCUGACUUGUUGGAUGUUUGACUUUGCCUAAGCAUUUUUGAAGAUUGAAAAGCAUGUGAAGCCAAUGGCUAAUUUACUAAUUAAGGUGGAGCAAGCAUUCAGAAUGAAAUGUAACCAAAGAAUUUUCUGCAAGUUGCUAAAAAAUAUGAGGAUUAGGGGAAAUGUGUAUCAUGAUCAAUGAGUUUGGGAAUUGCUGAAUUAAAUAUCUCUA